AUGGAGUCAGCUACGCUUUCGCAGAUUGGACUGGCGGGCCUGGCAGUAAUGGGUCAGAACCUGGCCCUCAACAUCGCCGAGAAGGGUUUCCCCAUCUCAGUCUACAACCGGACCACCUCUAAGGUCGACGAGACUGUGGGUCGAGCCCAACGGGAAGGUGGGCUCCCGCUUUACGGCCAGUACAGCCCUAAAGAAUUCGUUUUAUCCAUCAAAAAGCCCAGGUCUAUAAUCAUCCUAGUCAAAGCUGGAGCUCCGGUUGAUCAGACAAUCGCCGCUUUGUCGGCUCACAUGGACCCCGGAGACACGAUUGUCGACGGAGGUAACGAGUGGUACGAGAAUACGGAGAGGCGUAUGUCAGAAGCCUCUACAAAAGGGCUUCUGUAUUUAGGAAUGGGUGUUUCGGGUGGUGAGGAUGGGGCCCGGAAUGGGCCCCCGUUGAUGCCUGGAGGAUCACAUACGGCUUAUUUGAAUAUACAGCAUAUUUUGGACAAGGUAGCGGCGCAGGUGGAUGAUGGGCCUUGUGUUACUUAUAUAGGUGAAGGGGGGUCCGGGAAUUUUGUGAAAAUGGUGCAUAAUGGGAUUGAGUAUGGUGAUAUGCAGCUGAUUUCUGAGGCGUAUGAUGUUUUGAAGAAUAUUGUAUUAGAGAUAUUAAAAGAUAGUUUUAAAGUGUCAGCCUAG